AAUCGUACGUUCCAAGAAGCCACAACGCGAAAUAAUGAGCUCACCAAAUGGUUACUUCAUGGGGUAUUCUGGUCUAGAAGCAUGAAUUUCAGUUUUAGUUCCGAAACCGCCGACCAAAUUCGUCCCCUCAUUCCAUAUGUCUUAUACAGCGCAUUGCCGGUAAAUGCCACGCCUGCUGACUACCGUUCCUUGCAUAGGCUUUUGACCAGCGCAAAUUAUACACACAGCGAUUUCUUAGAAAAAAUUUCACCAGAUUGCGAAACUCAACUUGUACGUUGUAAAAUACUUGGUCAAGUACAUCCCUGUAAUGUACUCUUUCAGCGUGUGAAAACACAGCAUGGCUUCUGUUGUUCAUUUAACUAUAAUAUCAUUAUAAAUGGAAAUCAAACAGCGGAAGAGUUAAGCAUACACAGCAAUCGCUUCGGCCCAAAAUGGGGUCUAUCGGUGGUGCUCGAUCCACAGAUAGAGGAUUACUAUGCGUCUAGAAAUAAAUUUGGUGGCUAUCAAGUAUACGCACACGGUGUAUACGAUUUUCUCAAUAUCAAUGACCCACAUCAAUUGGUUUUGACUGGCAACUCCAUUCAUAUUCAUACUGCACCACUCAUCACUCAAGCCACGACUUUACUGAAGAAUCAAGAUCUGCACCUGCGUCGGUGCUAUUUACGCAACGAACGUAAACUUCUUGCGUUUGCUGAGUAUACACAACAGAAUUGUUUUUCCGAAUGUCGUAGUGGAAAAGUGUUGAAGAUUUGCGGUUGUGUGCCACCACUAUGGCCUCGUGCGCAGAAUUGGACAGUAUGCACCCUAUUGGAGGCGAGUUGUAUAAUGGCUCAAAUUGAUACGCUUUUUACAACAAUUUACCCUAGCAAUACGGAUUAUAAAAGUGAUCUCAAGGCUGAAAGAUACAUUUGUGAUUGUUAUCCGGAAUGUGAGUUUCAAGGGUAUAAAGCGAACUUCGAUAGUAUGAGUUUAGAUAGAAACUAUUCAAUAAAUAAUAUGGAUUUAUACCGCGGUUUUGAGCUAAAAAAUCAUUUGGUGGUACAUGCCUACUACGCCGAUAUGUUUGGUGCUUACAUGCGCCUCGAUGUUGUGUAUCAUUGGCAAAACUAUUUCGGUUUGUUCGGCGGUAUAACCAGCCUAUUCAUGGGUAUUAACUUCAUCUCUGGCUUUGAAAUAAUUUUCUUUCUCUCCGUACGACCAGUGGCCCAUCUGCUAACGAGGAUAAAUAAGCGACGGCAAGCUAUGAAAAAGCAAAAGGAACUAAACAAAAAUCAUAAAGUCAUGAGAAACUAAU